AUGGCCGCCACACUGACAGCCUCGUCGGGUUUCGUCCUGCCGGAUGGCCGGACCAUCUGCUACCGGCUGUCCUUUGCCGAUGACGUGAAGCGACCGACCAUUCUGCUGGCAGGCAUGCUGGCCACAACCGGUGCUGUCUGGGCUCGCGUUGUCGACGAGCUGCAUCGUGCAGGCUUCCGCACGCUCGCCUACGACCACCCGGGCCAUGGCGGCUCGGCACCGCCGGCUGUGCUGUCGACCAACACCUUUGAGGCCAUGUCGGACGACGUCCUCGCUCUCGUAAAAGGGCUGUUGGGCGGGAGAGGGAUUGAACCACCUCAGAAAGAACUGCUCCAUGCCUGGAUCGGCUGCUCGCUCGGCGCGGCCACAGGCGUGGUCUUUGCUGCACGCCAUCCAGGCAUCCUGCGCCAUCUCGUCGUCUGCGACACCGGCAGCCAGUCGCCGUUUGCUGCUGGCGGCCCGGAUGCCGUGGACUCCUUCACGCCGCGCGUCCAGGCUGCUCGUGCUGCAGGCAGCCUGGCCGAGACGCUGGCCGGCACGCGGACGCGCUGGUUCGGCCAGGCCUGGCUGCAGAAUCCGGCUCACGCCGACGAGGCCGGCCGGCUACAGGCGCUGAUGGCUGAGACCACGCUGGACGGCUACGAAACCUGCAUUGCUGCCCUGCUGGCGCCCGGAUUCGAUCUCGAGCGCCACGAGGCCCCGCGGCUGGCUGAUUGCUUGCCGCCCGGUGGCAGGGUACUCGUGCUCGUCGGCGAAAAGGACGAGCCGCUGCCACCGGCGAUGAAGACGCUGGCUUCGCUGAUCCGUGCUGGCUUCGCGGCGAAAUACGGCGCGGCCGCUGCCGAGAAGAGCGUGCGCUUUGCCGUCGUGCCUGGCGCUGGCCACGCCUCCUUUGUCGACGGGUUCGAUGCCUGGUGCGCUCUCGUCCUGCCCUUCCUGCAGUCGUAA